CGAUACCGGGAUAUCAAAACAAAGCCAAACAUUUUCCCGGCCAUAAAAUCUGAAUUUUUGUUUCAAGUUGUUGUUUUUGACAUGAAUUUAACUUCGAAUCGAAUAAUACAAUAAUGUCAGACAUAAAAAUUACACCGUUAGGUGCGGGUCAAGAUGUUGGAAGAAGCUGUAUUUUGGUUACAAUCGGUUCACAACGAGUCAUGUUGGAUUGUGGUAUGCACAUGGGAUACAAUGAUCAGCGACGUUUCCCUGAUUUUUCCUAUGUCAGUAAUGAAGAAAGUUUGGAUUCAUAUCUUGAUUGUGUUAUUAUUUCACAUUUUCACUUGGAUCAUUGCGGUGCUUUACCAUACAUGACAGAAAUGGUUGGAUAUAAAGGACCGAUCUACAUGACUCAUCCAACAAAAGCUAUCUGCCCAAUUUUAUUGGAAGAUUUUCGUAAAAUCACCGUUGAACGUAAGGGAGAAACGAAUUUUUUCACAUCACAAAUGAUCAAAGAUUGCAUGCGAAAAGUUAUUCCUGUGAAUCUUCAUGAAACUGUCAAAGUAAAUGAUGAAUUAGAGAUCAAAGCUUAUUAUGCUGGCCAUGUCUUAGGAGCUGCAAUGUUUCAUAUAAGAUCAGGACAACAUUCUUUAGUCUACACUGGCGAUUAUAACAUGACCCCUGAUCGUCAUUUAGGUAGUGCUUGGAUUGAUAAAUGUCGACCAGAUGUUCUCAUCACUGAAAGCACCUAUGCAACCACAAUUCGUGAUUCCAAAAGAUGUCGUGAAAGGGAUUUUUUAAUGAAAGUUCAUGAAUGCAUCGAACGUGGUGGCAAAGUUUUGAUUCCAGUAUUUGCUCUUGGACGAGCACAAGAAUUGUGUAUUCUUUUGGAAACUUAUUGGGACCGAAUGAAUCUCAAAACACCAAUCUAUUUUGCUGUUGGCCUUACUGAAAAAGCAACAAAUUAUUACAAGCUUUUUAUCCCUUGGACUAAUCAAAAGAUCAAGAAAACUUUUGUCAAACGUAAUAUGUUUGAAUUCCGACAUAUCAAACCAUUUGAUAGGGCUUAUGCAGAUAAUAAAGAACCUAUGGUUGUGUUCGCUACACCAGGAAUGUUACACGCUGGACUAUCAUUGCAAUUGUUUCGCAAAUGGGCUCCAGAUCCGAAUAACAUGGUCAUUAUGCCGGGUUAUUGUGUAGCAGGUACUGUUGGCUAUCGGUUACUGAAUGGAGCUAAAAAAAUCGAAUUUGAAAAUAAACAAUUUGUCGAUGUUAAAUUACAGGUUCGUUAUAUGUCAUUUAGUGCCCAUGCUGAUGCUAAAGGUAUAAUGACUUUGAUAAAACAAUGUGAACCAAAAAAUGUUGUUCUGGUUCAUGGUGAAGCUUCUAAAAUGGCUUUCUUAAAUGGAAAGAUUAAAAACGAAUUCCAUAUUGAUUGCUACUAUCCAGCUAAUGGUGAAACAAUAAAAAUUGAUAUUCCGAUCUCACAGGCCGUCGAUGUUGAUGUUAACUUUCUAAAACGAACAAUAACUUCUGGCAUUUCUGACCCUAAAAGACAGAAAUUAAUGCAUGGAACAUUGAAGAUUGAUAGUAAUAAUUCUUCAAUUCUUUUAUGCAGCAAAGAUGAAUUAGAACAAUAUGGAAUAAAACCAUUCACUAUUACAUUUAAAACUUUUAUUAAAUUGGAAAAUGAACAAUCCGAUUCGUUAUCAUCAGAAGAAAUAACGCAAGUUAUCUAUGAAAAAUUAAAAAGCAGUGAAAAACUUAGUGAUCAACAUGUGAUAAGCAAACCUAGUGAAACAGAAGUACUAAUUUCACAGGUUUUGAUUCAAGUUCAACCAAACGAAAACGAUCAAAGUAGUAAGGAAAUUAUUAUUAAAUGGCCAGAAGAGGACGAAGCAUUGGGAAGUUUUCUUCUCAAUUACAUACAAGGAUUAAUUCGAUGUUCUUAUAAUACCAAAUGAUUUAUUCAUUCUGUUUGACCAUUAAAUUGAACACAUGUUAAUAAUAAUAAAAAACUGAUUUUAACAUCACAUUGAAUCAUCAUGCUUC